GAAGGUGUGAAACGUGGAAGAGAUUCGAAUUUGACUGACUGAAAUCCUUGCAGUUGUCAAAGUUGUCACCGUUUCUUUAAGAAGUUAACUCAUUCUUAAACUGGCAGGUAAUCUUUCCUCAAAGAUGCCGGGACAAUUAACCAGUAUUCUACAGGGUGCAGUUGGGGGUAUCUUUGUGUUAGCAGGGAUAACUAAGGUCUACCCAUUUACAAAGGAAAUGGCUGCAGAUACUCUCAAGGAAUUCACAGCCUUUGCCAAAGUAUAUCCCACGGUACCCCUAGGUUACCAGCCAGACCCUAAGUUUUAUCAGAUGUCUCUGGGGAUGCUGGAGGUGAUUUUCGGACUGGGGCUGCUGACAGGCCCCAGAAGGUGUAAGCGAGUGUGCAGUGGGGGGAUGAUCUUCAUCAUGGCAGGAGGAGUGCAGACAAUGCUGUGCUUGGGGCGGAUAAGCAUGGCCGCAAUGCCGUUAGCUUUUCUAGGAGCUUUGGUCUACAUCUGGAUGUCACUGGGGAAAAAUGGUGCUGAGAAGAAAAGGCAGUAAAAUACCUUCACAGCAUUAAAAAAAAAGCAUAGCCUAAUAAAUGUUAAGCUUUUUUCUGAUGUGCUGGGCAACUCAGUAUAGUUCACGCAAGUAAUGUAACAUGUGCAGACCAGUUCUUGUCAGCAGAAGAGGAUGUCAUUGUCCACUUCAUGUGGUCAAGCUAUUGCCUCAUACACAUAUAUCCUACUUCUUCUAAAAUUUGAGACAGAUAUUUUUAGUAUUGAAAGUAGAAUAUAACAUUUCUUUACCAACAUUUUUGGAAAUUAAAGAUAAGAGUGUGUUGUCCAUUCAAUGGUCUAACCAUGUGUGAAAAAGAAACUCAAUGUUCUUGCUAGAAUUACAUAUAUAUUGGCGGGUGUUCCAAGUUUUUGAAGAAAUAGGGUAAAUAUGGCCACAUGCUGGUACCUGCUUGAAAUGGCUUAUUUAAUCAUUUGGCAACAGAAAAUCUUUAUGCAGUAUAAAAUAUUUGCAUAUGUAUUGGAAAAGAGCAAUGUCAGACAUUUUGGUGAUACACAAAGUACAUGUACAUUAGGCUAUCCUUUUCUCUGUACUUUGGCUAGGUUCUAGAAGGAUUAUUCUGGAGAUUAUAGCUAAUAUUGUUAAUCUCUUGAUAACUGAUCAAGCACAAAAACAACACACUUUUGAAGCCUUCAAAUGUUUAAAUACAUCGAGCUACUGUCCAAUUAAAUUUACAAUUUAAAUGUUGGAAAUAAUUAUCAGUAUAGAAUGUAAUAUGUAUGUAAUAUAUGUAAAUUAUUUCCAUGUAACACUUAUGUAAUAACUGAAUAAUAUUGGAAAAUGCCGUCCUGGGUCAUCAGUAGUUGCAGUAUUGUUACUACUGAAGCUUUUCGUCUUGUUGGCACGACAGUACAUGGGACCUCCUGAUAGCAACCUGCGGAAGGUCAUGGAUUCGACCAGGCUGUGCCUUGUUUCCUCCCACCUUAAUGCUGUCCGCCAUCGUAUAAGUGAAAUAUACUAGAGUGCAGCGUAAAACACCAUUCAAAUAAAUAAAUAAAUAUUUGUUGGAGCAGGAUCUGAGGAGAAUUAAUACCAGGUAUGUUUAUUUUUAAAUAUUUCUCUUAUUUUUUUUCUCACCAACAAUUGGUCUUUAGAGCUAGAAUUUUAAAAAAAAUUAGUAUAUUUUAUUUCUAUUAGGUAUUUUCCCUGUUUUGUCUCGAUCUUCCACAGACGAUCUAUUUUUGUUGAUUUUUUCUGCUUCGGCUUUUCUCUAUAGAGCAAGAUCUUAGAAAAUUGAUGCGUUUAUUAUUAUCAAAUAUUUGUUCUUUGUUUUCUCUUCAACAAUUGCAGUGUUGUUUUUUAAUGUUUAAGAACCUUAGUAUAAUUUAAGCAGUUAAAUGUUUUUAAAUACAUAUAUUAUAAACUCUUUUAGAUCUGCAUUGCACAUAUCUAGCUGCACAUUUCAUGUGUAUGUUCUUUAUAAUUGUUUUUUUUUUUAAUGUUGGUAUAAACAAACAUGGAAUUCAUGUGCAUGUAAUAUACCAGCUGUGGAUAUGUUUGCAUAUUUUGAUAUUCAACUUUUGCAUUAUCAUUUACAUACGCAUCUUACUCAGGUACAUGGUAUGUGGGAAGGUCUUCCAGCAACCUGUGGAUAGUCGUGGGUUUCCGCCAGGCUCAGCCCGGUUUCCUCUCACCAUAAUGCUGGCUGCCGUCGUAUAAGUGAAAUAUUCUUGAGUACAGCGUAAAACACUAAUCAAAUAAAUAAAUGAAUACUCAGGUACAUGUGUGAAAGUAACAGCUAUGGUUGCUCAAGUUUUGUAAUCAACCUGACUCAGCCUGAAUAGAUUUUGUCACUGGCCAAUAAAAGAACUUUCUAAUUUCAUAGUAUAUUUUACUUCGCUAAUAUUGAACUGGAAAGGUACAGGUAUUUUGUAUUUACAUAAAUAAAGGCAUUAUUUUCCAAAAAGAUGUGCCUAUAUAUGGAAUCUACAUCUCUUAUAGACAGGACUAUUUGUUUAGGGACGCUGUAUUAUGAGACUUGCCUGAAAACAAUGUUACUGUAUUUCACCUACAUGUAAGUUUGGUAUGUAAAAAAAUCAUGGAGGGAUAUUUGGUAAAAAUGCAUUGUCGGAAGAUCAUAAAGAUUUUAUUAAAAUGAUACUUUUGAUGCCAGCAUUAAGUUUUUCUGAUAAGAAAUUUAUCAAACAUUACAAAUAUCUGUUAAGUGGCCCUAUAAGGUGGACAAGACAAUUAUAAAUAAGCCAAAUGUGUCAUUUAAAAAAUACUAAACUACUGGUGAAAUACAGUAUUUGAACAUUGGAUUUGUUUAUUUGGAAAUUACUACUAAGGGAAGCAACUCCUGCCAUGCAUGGCACAGAAGAGCUCUGAUGUACCAUUCUGUUGUUAGCAGUGACCAGCAGCUCUGUAAGUGUGAUUUGUCUGGAGGUCAAAUUUUUGACCACCAGUAUUUUAACAUUUUGUAGGAUGUUGCAGCUAUUGCGAGUUCACUCUUGUCAUUUUACAGGAUACAUCAUUCCCUAUCUACAAACCCAAUAUUUUUGUAUAUUCACAAUUUAGGCUGAUCAUUUUACCCAAAUGGGCAAAAUUUGUACAUUUAUAAUGUGAAGUUUGCAACAAUAUGAGACCAAAAGACUAUUUAACCUCUGACAAACUUUUCCAGUCCAUCUGAGACAGUCUAGCUUGUAAGCUGCAAACCUUGAUCCUUUGUCUGCUAAGUAAUUCUUUUUCGUGGCUGUUUACAGAUGAAGCAGUAAAGUGGCGCAUAUUUAAAAUGUGUAUGUCAUACA